UUACAUGGUGGAGAAGCGUUUUUGACAAAGGGACGGUUUAGUACUUUGCCAUAUUAAAGAGGGAAAGUUAGUGGGUCGUCCUCAAUGCACCUCUCUUGUCUCUGUGGGGAGGAAGAGAGUGUGUCACAAACUGACUCAGCUUGACUGAGGUUUAAGCAAAGAUUGCAGGAACAAAAUGUCUAUAAAGAGCAGAGGAUGGGGAGGAGAGAUAACAAUAAGGAAUGUGAUUUCAAGGAACUUGGCUCUUCUGCUAUGCUUGUGCAGCUUCUUUGCUGGAAUAUUAUUCACCAACAGGUUGUGGAUGGUUCCUGAAUCGUGGCCAUCUAGAAUUGCAGUUGAAAGGAUAAAUUCCGAACCUGAGGAUUGUAAUCAGAAGAUUAUAGCAGCUGCUAGGGCAAUUCAAGAGUCAUCUUUACAUCAUGACUCUCCUGUGUUAGGAAACUCGAAGACUGUUCAAUCAGCUUUGAAAAAGAAGUACUUUAUGGUUAUAGGGAUCAAUACAGCUUUUAAUAGCCGGAAAAGAAGAGAUUCAGUACGUGCAACUUGGAUGCCACAAGGUGAGGAAAGAAAGAAGCUAGAGGAAGAGAAGGGCAUACUCAUACGCUUUGUUAUAGGCCACAGUGCGACAGCUGGUGGUAUUCUUGAUAAAGCUAUUGAAGCAGAGGAGCUCGUCUAUGGAGACUUCUUGAGGCUGAACCAUGUUGAGGGCUACCUGGAAUUAUCAGCCAAGACAAAGACCUACUUUUCCACUGCUGUUUCUUUGUGGGAUGCUGAUUUCUAUAUCAAAGUUGAUGAUGAUGUCCAUGUAAAUCUAGCUACACUUGGGACAAUUCUGUCUAGACACCGUGUGAAACCGCGGGUAUAUAUUGGUUGCAUGAAGUCAGGUCCAGUCCUCGCUCGAAAGGGCAUUAAAUACCAUGAACCGGAGUUCUGGAAAUUCGGGGAGGUGGGAAACAAGUAUUUUCGUCAUGCUACAGGACAAUUAUAUGCUAUUUCAAAGGAUUUGGCAACUUACAUAUCAGUAAACCAGGAUGUGCUGCACAAAUAUGCCAAUGAAGAUGUUUCCUUGGGAUCUUGGUUCAUUGGCCUAGACGUGGACCAAGUGGAUGAUAGGAGACUUUGUUGUGGUACUCCACCUGAUUGUGUGUGGAAGGGUAUGUCUGGCAACACCUGUGCUGCUUCAUUUGAUUGGCGUUGCAGCGGCAUUUGCAGGUCCAUUGAGAGAAUGAUGGAUGUUCACCAGCGUUGUGGUGAAGACAAGAAUGCUCUUUGGAAUGCAAGGUUUUUAGAAUGACUUAGCUGCUGUUCUUUCCAGUCUCAUGAAGGAUGUGCAGAUUACAUGACAAAAAAAAAAAAGAA